UGCUCAAUUUCGUUCUAAGCCUCGGCGCGUGUGCAUCGACGCAGUUCUCGACAUGGUGCUGUUGAAAGUGAUCAAAUACCUAGUGGGCUGCGUGGUUCGUGUCUGCAACGAGCUGUCCCAGAAUAUGAAUUCACUCAACAAGAUGUUCAAGUAUCACCUGCUCGAGGCGAAUUAGCUAAGUUCAAUUGAAUUUCGAAAUAUGUAUUUAUACGUAUUAUAUAAGUACACAUACAUUAGUACCUGUUCACCGCAAAUAUAUCUAGUUAUA